UGUUGAUAUCUAAAACGAAAGUAAAACCUUAGCUUUUUUCAUGGAACAGGGCAGGGAUAAAGAGGUCAUUUAUGAGAAGUAAAACAACGAUAGGUGUCAGCAGUUAGAGAAAGAGAUUGAAAUCAUGACUAUGGCAAAGGACUUCAAUUACUACACUUGAAAACACGAUGGCUACGUUAAACCGAGCAGAACGGGAACGGCUGCUGAAUUGUGGGAUAUGUGAUCGUAGAUUAACAGAACCACGGUUGUUGGACUGUCUCCAUUCGUUCUGUACAGAAUGUCUCGUCAUCAAACAAGAACAGGCAGCCAGCAAGGACGUUGUCGUAUGCGAGCUUUGUGGAAACCAUACAAGUCUGUCAAAUCAGUCGAUUGAUACCCUGACUCCGAAUACAUUCAUCACAAACAUCGGAAAAGUGGAGGAAAUUCUCCACUCUAAUCGUCACUUUUGUUGUUCGUUCUGUGAGGAGCAUGGUAAGUCUGAGGAAGCGAGUUCUCUUUGUUUGACCUGCGGUGAUUGGUUGUGUCUCACGUGUGCAGAACGUCACUGCGGAACCCGGAUUACAAGAAAUCAUGACGUAAUGAGCAUCAAUGAUGUCAGAGCAGACCCCAAAUAUUCAUCUGAGCUACGAAAGCUCCACGAAACAAAAUGUACCGAACACAGUGAAAAAAUUAUAGAAUUCUGUAUACAGUGUAGCACUCCAGUUUGCUUUGAAUGUUUUCAAACAACUCACAAGCAACAUAAAUGUAUGCCGCUCAGAGAUGCUGCAUCGAAGGUGCAAGAAAAUCUCUCAAAUAUUUUACAGAUGUACGAGAGUAUAGUAGAAGUUGAUGACGAGUAUGAGAUGCAAAUUGCCAAACGACUCCAAGAGGUGAAAAGUAAAGAAAGAGGUUUGUUACAGCUCGUAGAAGAAACACGAGACAAACUUAUUCAAGAAAUACAGCAACAAGCCACUGCAGCCGAGAUGGCAUUGUCUCAUCCAUUUGAAGUCGUAAAAUUGUCAUUAUCAGAGGCAUUAGAAUCCGUACACAAGCGCUCAGAAAGCACGCAGAAAUCGCGACUAUUCUGCGAAACCCUUCUACAGCAGGGUUUAGCGGAGGAAUCUAUUCAUUUUAGAGAAUUACUUCAAAGAGUCAAAAGCACCGGUUGUAGGAGAGAAAAGAUGGAGUUUCCAUCAAUUCCUGAUUUGAAACUUAGCAUAUUAGAAUUUUGUAUUCCCCAAAUAUUUGCUGUUAAAGAAGAAAAUGAAAAAGACCAUGACCAACAAACAGAUGAAUCUGGAAUUCCAAAAACCGCUCGACUUGUUGGCGAGGAAGAUACACUAAUUCCAAUUGGUGGUUUUUCUAACAGGGGUAUAUCAAAAACGAAAGAAAAAAUUGAAAGCCCCAUUCCUUAUUCAGAAGAAAAAGCAGAAAAACAAACUGAAGAAAAAAUAAUGAGAGAAACCCCUAAAGAAGAAGGAGCUUCUGGAUUUGACUACAUGUUAUAUGAUUCAGACUCGGAUGAUGAAAGAACAGGUUCUGAGAAUGAAAAUAUUACAGAUGAUGACGACGAUGAUGAUGACGAUAAGGAUAAGUCGAAAAUUAAGGUAUUAUUACCUAAAGAAGCAUUGAAAGUUGAGAAAGUAGCUGAAACUUUUAGUCCCGACAUUAUUCGGACCAUUAAAGUCAAAGAUCAUUCUCACAUUCCUCUACGUAUCCCAUCCGAUAACGCCCCGGCCGUCAUUAACGACGUUUGUUGGCUGACAGAUUCGACUUUUGCUGUUGGGGACCAAGCAAAUCAAAGGAUUAAAGUCUUUGACAUUAAAGGAUCAUGUCUUUGGUAUAAGGAUUUACACGAAGGAUCAGUUGAGAGGAUUGCGUGUAUUGGUGGCGUGAUUGCAUCUGACUUCCCAUCCGGCGUUCACUUAGAGACCAGAAACGAAUCAUUUACAAAGAUAUAUUGUUAUACACCAACCCGCACUCAUCCCUACCCGAUAGUGAAAACAACCAGACAGGACGUCAUUAUUGGAAACAGGGAUUUUACUGACCUCAGAUGUUAUAGUACGAGAGGAAAAAGAAUUCGGUACAUUCCCAUUGGCAGAAAAGUGGAUAUGAAUUACAUAACUGAGAAUAAAAAUCAAGAUUUUAUUUGGACUGAAAAACGAUCAAACUCGGUCACUAGAUUUCACGAGGGACAAAAACAGAGUGUGUUCUUUAAAGGGAUUUCUGACUGGGAACCAGAGGGCGUGGCCACGGAUUCCGAUGAUAAUGUUUAUGUGUCAGACCGCGCUGGAGGCAGUAUUGUGAAGCUGUCCCCUCGAGGGGAUCUCCUGGGGAUCCUAGAAGUCCAUCCCCCAGGCCCCCGGGGUCUGUCUAUUUCCAGCCAGAAUCAACUAGUCGUCAGUGAUGGUGAAGGAAAUGCGUGGAUAAUAUGGCUUUAAAAAUGGCUGGAUAAUUGAUUAGAAUGUCAAAUGACUAAUUUUAAAAUGGACGCACUAGCUAGGAGAUAUCUUGUUUUCUGUCAU